GUUGUCGGGGCUCAGUAGGCGGGGCAGUGGGCGCAGCUCUGGCUCUGCGGGUUGGAGGGCCCGCUCGGGCCCAGCCAUCCAUCCUUCGCCGGCGGGUGUACACGGCUGCAGAGCUUGCCUAGGAGCCGUUUCUUUGCCGAGCCGCACUCUCCACACUCGGCAGACUGAUCAGCAUGGCCCGUGGAAAUCAACGAGAACUUGCUCGCCAGAAAAAUAUGAAGAAAUCCCAGGAAAUUAGCAAGGGGAAAAGAAAAGAGGAUAGCUUGACUGCCUCUCAACGAAAGCAGAGGGAUUCAGAGAUCAUGCAACAAAAGCAGAAGGCAGCUAAUGAGAAGAAGUCCAUGCAGACAAGAGAUAAAUGAUUGGCUUCUUGGAAAACCCAGUGCUACUGACAACAAGGUGGAUACUAAAUUCUAGAAUCAAGAUUUGAUAGAGUUAACAGUCAUAACAUAUCCUGUAACAAACAUAUCCUUGCAAAACUCUUUAUGAACUUUUCAACUUAGCCUUGGACCUGACUUAAUGUGUUUCAGAACCAUCUUCAAAAAAUAAAACACAUGCAUGUGA